AUGACGUUCGGCAUCUCGCUCGACGACGCGCAGGCCAAGUUUUUGUCGUACUACGUGAAGAGCGGUGUGCUGGAGAAGGACAUGUUCAUGACGCUGGACAUUGAGGGCGUGGGCGAGCUGGUGCAACUACUAUUGACGCACACGAAGAAAACGGUGGUGGGUUCAUGA